AUGUCAACCCACCGGCCGAAUGCUUUCAAUAGCUUGCGGAUGGGAGAGGUCAUCCGCGAGAGAGUUCAAGAUGGUGUCACCGGCGAGACUAGAGAUCUGCAGUACACUCAGUGCAAGAUUGUUGGAAAUGGCUCGUUCGGCGUUGUCUUUCAAACCAAGCUUUCACCAUCCGGCGAAGAUGCUGCCAUCAAGCGAGUCCUCCAAGACAAGCGAUUCAAGAAUCGUGAGCUCCAAAUCAUGCGAAUUGUUCGACACCCGAAUAUCGUUCAGCUGAAGGCUUUCUAUUACUCGAACGGCGAACGUAAAGAUGAGGUCUAUCUCAACCUGGUCCAGGAAUUCGUUCCUGAGACCGUCUAUCGGGCAUCUCGUUUUUUCAAUAAAAUGAAGACCACUAUGCCCACGUUGGAGGUCAAGCUGUACAUUUACCAGCUUUUCCGAGCUCUUGCCUACAUCCACUCCCAGGGCAUCUGCCAUAGAGACAUCAAGCCUCAGAAUCUCCUUCUCGAUCCCAACAGCGGAAUUCUUAAGCUGUGCGACUUUGGCAGUGCUAAGAUCCUGGUCGAGAACGAGCCUAACGUCUCAUACAUCUGCUCGCGGUACUAUCGUGCACCCGAGCUCAUUUUCGGUGCUACUAACUACACCACCAAAAUUGAUGUGUGGUCCACUGGAUGUGUCAUGGCUGAGCUGAUGCUUGGUCAGCCUCUGUUCCCGGGUGAAUCUGGUAUUGACCAGCUGGUUGAGAUCAUCAAAGUCCUCGGCACGCCGACUCGAGAGCAGAUUCGCACCAUGAACCCCAACUACAUGGAGCACAAGUUCCCGCAGAUCAAGCCUCACCCCUUCAACAAGGUCUUCCGAAAGGCUGAUGCUAACGCCAUCGACCUCAUCUCCCGAUUGUUGGAGUACACACCAACCGAGCGUCAAGCUGCCGUCGACGCCAUGGUACACCCCUUCUUCGACGAACUCAGGGAUCCCAACACUAAGCUGCCCGAUUCCCGCCAUGGGACUGGUCAACUGCGAGACUUGCCCGAUCUCUUUGACUUCACUCACCACGAACUCUCCAUCGCUCCCCAGCUCAACCAGCUCCUCGUACCAGCGCACAUGAAGCCCGUUCUCUCCGCCCGAGGUCUUGAUAUUGACAACCUCACGCCAAUGGCGAAGCAAGACAUGCUGGCCAAAUUGGACUGA